AUGUAUCCAGACUCUUUUGAAGGAUUUGCUGUGACAGACACCAAGAAUUGGUCCACUGUGUCCAAGAUCGAAUAUAAGCCAAAACCGUUCGGCGAGUACGACGUCGACAUCCUCAUCCACGCAUGCGGCAUCUGCGGUUCUGAUGUGCACACGGUUUCCGGAGGAUGGGGACAGCCUGACCUGCCCAUCAUUGCUGGCCACGAGGUUAUUGGAGAAGCCGUCAGAGUCGGGGACAAGGUGACCACCGUCAAAAAGGGGCAGCGUGUGGGAGUCGGUGCCCAGAUUUGGUCCUGUCUGAAGUGCGACGCCUGUAAAGCCAACCUGGAGAACUACUGUCCCCAUAUGGUCGAUACGUACAAUUCAAACUACCCAGACGGCUCCAAGUCGUGGGGAGGCUACUCGUCGCAUAUUCGAGCACAUGAGUACUUCGUGUUCCCAAUUCCCGACUCUUUGAAGACCGAGGAGGUUGCGCCGAUGCUUUGCGCAGGCACCACCACGUACGCGCCGCUUGUCGACAACGGCUGCGGCCCGGGCAAGAAGGUGGGCGUCGUUGGAAUCGGCGGACUGGGCCACUUUGCUAUCAUGUUUGCCAAAGCUCUUGGUGCAGAGGUUUGUGCGUUUUCUCGGAGUAGCAAGAAAGCAGAGGAUGCCAAGAAACUGGGUGCGUCCGAAUUUGUUGCUACGCGCGAGGACUCCGAGUGGCCAUCCGAACACCGGCGGAAAUUUGACCUGAUAAUUUGCUCGUCGAGCUCGGUCGAGAACUUUGAUCUCGACGGCUACCUGGGCUGUCUCAGAGUCAAGGGUAAGUUUGUGUUUGUUGGCAGGCCCGAGGACCCGCUGGAGAUGAAAUUGCCUGCCCUAAGCCAGUCUGCCAUCUCUUUCAGUUCCACCCAUCUGGGCAACAGACAACAGAUCCUGAGCAUGAUGAAACUGGCGGCAGACAAGGGUCUCAAGGCCUGGACCGAGUGUCUGCCUAUCUCUGAGGAGAACAUCAAGCUGGCGCUCGAGAGAGCGCGUUCCCACGAUGUCAGAUUCCGGUUUGUUCUGACCGACUACGACAAGAAGUUUGGUUCUCGAGACUAG